CUGACUAUAACCUGGCCCAGGAGGAAAUAACUAACUUAAAAACCCAACUUUCACAAGCUUCCCAACGAGAAACUGACCUUAACCAAAUCUCCGAGCAAAAAACCCAGAGGAUUAACCAUUUAGAGAACGAACUCCAGCAAACUAACCAAACCUUAAAAAACACCCAAGAAAAAGCUCAGCAAGAACAACAAGCCAAGCAAACGAUCAUUAACCAUCUUCAAAAGGAUAAAACCAGCCUCCAAGGCCAAAUUACUGACUUAACUAAAACCAUAAUAUCAAUUUAUAGAAUCAAAUUAUCUUUAUUAUAUCUAGGCACAGCAAGACAAACCCAUGCCUAG